AGCAAAUCUUAUGCAGAGUAAAUCCUAAGAAAAAGAUAGGCAUGCUGCGCCAACGUAAUUCGUGAUGAGGAACUACUAGUACAGUAAUAGAACUUAAGUAAUAUGCGUAAUGCUGCAUCUGCAAAUACUCCUAAAGGAACUACGCGAUGUUCCAAAUGCGAAGGGCCUAAAUGAACAUAAAUCAUGUAGUAAUAAUAAUAACGCGAAAGCUGACUCUAUUACAUCAGCACCUGAAACUUGCUCUCCCCUGGUAUCAGUUAUUGCGAAAAAUGCAAAAUCAUAAAACAUAUUUGGCACUUGUGACGUGUAAGGAGGACCAGCAUGCAAUGCAAUAAGGAGAGGAGACCAAGAAGAACAUGGCUGCCAAACGUAACAACACAACAAAUGGCUAACUUGUCACUGUUUAUGGAAUUGAUUUGACUUGAUACCAGGAACUUGGAAUCAACAAUUUUGAUAAUCAGAAGCAAAUCGCUUUACGAAACUUUAUUUUCUUGCUUGAGUUUUGUUGUAAUACUCAGCAUUUUGGAAAAUCUCACCUUAGCAUAGCAUGUUCUUCUAGAUACUUGGAAGUUUUUUGUGAUAAAGUAUCUGGGAUGGAUUUGAAAACAUUUGUUUGCGCGAAAUGGCGAUUGUCUGUUCAGCUCUUUGCAUUUCUACUAUGUGUAGUUUGUCAACUGGCUGAGGCUGUCAGCGAGGGAGAAAAAAUUGUUGCAACUACUUUAGAUCCAACAUCUGCCAAUAUAUCAACAACAGUAACUGUGAAAAACAGGCCUAUGCAUAUCAGUGUUAAAGGGGUUACAUUUAGAGCAAUAUAUGUGAUUGCAGCAGUUUCUGGUAUAAUUAUUGUUUAUUUCAUUGCUAAAGCAAUAUGCAAUCGUAGAAGGAACAAUCGAACUCGUAGAUAUGGAAUACUGAAUGAUGAAAGCCGAGAUAAUAUGGAAAUGAGGCCUUUGUCAGAACAAGAUGAUGAUGAUGAAGAUGAUCUAACAUUAUUUGAUAUGUCAAAGCGUAAAGGCAAGCGAUGACUAUUCAGUAGCUAAGAUCUUGAAGAAUCUACAAGGAAGUUGUAAUAAACUCAAGAUUAAAAAAAUUAGUCAUUUUUAGGGGGUUUUCUUUUCAAAAAAUAGAAUUGCUCUAAUGACUUUGAAUUGAUUAGGAAUUAUACUUCCAAUGCAAGUGGUAAUUCAGAUGGCUCUCAUCACGACUAUCACAGUAUUAUUGUGGAAAAAUAAUUUAAAGUCAAUGGUAUAUCAGAGCAACAGAUUAGUAAUGAAAGGAAAUGCUAAAAUUUUCUGCCUGUUUAUAGAUGUUUUCUAGCUACUUAUUUGAAAGGUUUUCAUGGGAUGAUUUGUUUUGCUCAGUUAAAUGAUGUUAUUUGGGCCUCUUUCAGAAAUAAAUGCAACCAGACUUCAUAGUAACUACAUAUAUAUAUAUAUAUAGAUAAAAGCGCCCAGGUUUGUCAUCUUUAGUUUUAAAAUGAUGCUAAAGCUAAGUAAGUCAAUUGUUCACCUAGGAAGCUUAAUGUAGUAGUUGCAUUAGGUUGAGAGUUUCAUUAUUGUUCAAUUGUAGCUUACUAACACCCCCUUCCCAAACGCCACCCUAAUCAAUUGUUAGAAAAUCUUGUUAAAAUUUCACACAUCCAAAGCAAUUUGUAAACUUUGGAAUUUGAUUGUAUUAUCAUAUAUAUAUUAAUUGAUCAUUUUGCAGUUAUUUUUUUUAAUGGGAAUUCUUGAACCAUAAUUUUUUGUUUUGCUAUUUGAAAGCCUUUCAAAACAAAUAUAAAGAAUGAUCUGGAACUAGUAAACCCUUAAGAUUCCAGACUGUAUUGACCGUUUUUUUGAAGUUUUAUCUGUAUCUGUAUUGACAUUAUACCACAACUUUCUAGGCCUGUCUAUGCCAAAUUAAUUCUAUUGCCCAAAACUGCUGAAAUUUCCUAAUAAAAUGAAAUUUUUGAAAUUCUGCAGUUUAACUACUUUCAGACAGAAGGAAACAAAGGACUGAAUCAAUAAAUUCAUCUAUACAUUUGAUUCUAUUCAGAAAUGUGUUUAUGCCACCCUGAGUUCCUUGGCCUUUGCCUUUUCCAGCUUCAUAAUUUUAGCUUGAGACUUGCACCCCAUGAUGCCUCCUCCCCAGUGACGUCGAAUUUCCUCUACACGGUCAUUGUAAUUUGACUUCACACUGUCACAGAUCUUCUCCAUGUUAUGCUUGUCCUCCUGCCUGGUGGCUGUCAUGCAAACAGCUGUGGCUGUCUUCUUGUGAACCAGCUUUCCUAACCUGAAUUGAAAUAACAUUAGGGAACAUUAAAAUUCGACAGUUAAAAAACAAGUCACUUAAAUAUUUUCAAUUGGCAUCAACAAAAAAGUUUUUUCAACUACGUUUUGCUUUUAAUUGUUGGACUUAAAACUCAACUUUCAUUUGACAUUGAAAAUCAUUGAUUAAUGACAUUACAACAAUAAGAUCAGACAAAUCCAGGACCUAAAUUUUACUGGGACAUAUUUUGAUGUCAGCAGCUCUCUUCGACUGAAGCAAGGUUUCUGCACUAACAACCCCAUUUUGAGCUAUCCAUCUGAAUGAUAUCAACACUUUAGUUUACAUGGGUCCAGGAUAGAGGGCACAAAACUUUGCAUAUAAAUUGAACAAACAGAUUAUCUAGACAGCAUUCAAAUUUAAACCCAGUUAUGCCAAAUUAAGAUCCUUGCAUAUUAGCAUGGCAUGCAAAAGGGAUUUUUUUUAUUGACAUUUUCCCCAAUAUCAGAGAUUAUAUAAUUUGUUAAGGCUAUUGAUACAUUAAGAUUGUUACAAAAUCAUAAUGGUUGGUAUGCAUAUCUUUUUCACUUGACUUUGUACCCAUUUACAACAGGCCUUGUUAGGAGAGGUGCUGAAGCUCGAUCAAGUGCCUCCACACGUGUCUAGAAAGUUCUAGGAGCUUGAUUGAUCGAGCACCUAGCAUGUUUGUGCUGUCUAAAAAUUAAAUGCAAAAGACCAAAUUUUGUUUUUGAAGAUAUAUAUUUGAUGAUGCUCAAUCGAGUGCCUAGAAAGCUGAAGGUGCUCAGUUUGUCAACCGCCUGCCAUUUUGCUCCUCACAAGGCCUGAUUAGCAAACUUAACUUUAUCUUUGUACAGUCUGCUAAUAAAGUCCAUUACUCCAAACUAUCAUUGGGAAGAAACAAGCAUACUUGGGGCAUUUUUCACACCCUUAGAUCACUUGUGUGGUGGAAUGCUUUUGAUAUUCUGUGUUAUUUCUUAAAAAGUGUUUUGAACAGGCUAUGCAUUUCACAUUAAGGCCUGCAGCAAAUUAUUUAUUUUUCAAAGGAAGUAAAAAUAACCAGAAUAUUACCUUGCCUUUCCUUUUACGAUGCAGUAUGGGACACCCAUUUUUCUGCAAAGUGCUGGCAACCAAACAACAAUCUGAAAAAAUUAAAGUUUACUUUUAUACUCAUACAAAAAGCAAACUUUCCAAAAAAUGUGAUCCAUACCACAAGUAACAUGAACCUUGCAAACGUGAUGGAAAUGCAAAAGAUUUCAAAUGACAACAGAACCACAAAUGGGACAGUCAGGACUGUGAUGGUUUGAUUGCUAAUACACAGGUGAAUUUAAUGCUAUCGUAUAUAUAAUAAGUCAGCAUCUUUGGUAAAUAAGGGGUACAUAAGAAGGAUAAUGUUUUUAUUUCUUUUUUUUCACAUUUACAUUUUUCUUAUAUUCCUUCAUAUAUUAAAUAUAUGGCUUGUGAUAAGCUUCAAAUAGAGACAGAUGUGAACAAAGAAUUUAAUGUUAUAUUAUAGUUGACUUCUCUAACCUCAAUUGGAUCAACAUCAUGUGCUAUGACAACAAGCUGAGCCUUUUUGCUUUCGACCAAAUUGGUGAUAUGAUUGAUUCCAUAUUUUAAGACAAUUGGCUUCUUUCCAGGGGCUUCUUGCUGACCUUCUGCUUUCUUUUCAGCAAUUUUUGUAAGCCUGGCUUUUUUUUCAGCUUUAGUUUCUGGUCGGUACUUGUGGAGAAGCUUGAAAAGUUG